AUGGAGGAGAUACAACCCUCUGCCGUGGACCUCAACGUCCCUGACACAUCACCUGAGAAAUCACCUGGAAAAUCGCCUGGCGCGUCUGAGCUGGCUGGCAGAGCGGUUGGGGGCGCAGAGGAAACAGGAGCUGGUGCUGAGUAUAGCUUAGCUGGUGCGGUGAAGGAACAGAUGGAGAAUGAAGCUUGGAGAAGGGAUGAAAGAGACGAGCAGCAGCAACAGCAGCAGCAACAGCAGCAGCAUGCCCCAUUACCUUCCAUCUUUCCACGUCUCAACCCUUUCCUUAGCUCUCUCUCCCCUUCACCAGUGCUCCCCCCCAGCGGAGAACGAAGCAGGGAGGGCAGUGGAGAGGAGUGGAGGCAGGCAGGACUGAGUCUAGCCUCAGGUGGAUUUAGAGGUGCUUCUGGUGAGGUGGAGGGACAGAGGGAGAAAGAGGGUUACCAGCGCCAGGAGCAGGAAGGGCAGAGGGGAGCACAGCGUGAGACAGGAGCAGCAGCAGCAGCAGCAGCAGCAGCAGCAGCAGCAGCAGCAGCAGCAGCAGCAGCAGCAGCAGCAGCAGCAGCAGCAGCAGCAGCAGCAGCAGCAGCAGCAGCAGCAGCAGCAGCAGCAGCAGCAGCAGCAGCAGCAGCAGCAGCAGCAGCAACAGCGGGAGGAGGAGAGAGCAGGAGCAUUGGCAAGCAAGCUCCACCCACCAUCAGGAUUCACUCGAUCUGCCCCGCCACCAACACCACGAGCACCCCCUCCUUUUGA